UUAGUAGGCCCUGAAUUAAAAAAUAAAUUUAAUAAAAGCGAAAAGACUAAAUUAGCCUCAAGUAUAUAAGAGACGUCACCUACCUUUCUCUCGUUCAGACGCCAUUAUUUCAUUUCCAAGGAGAGAGAAAACAAAUCUCACUCACCUGAAACAGAAAGAAAUCUAGAAAAAAACCGAAAAAAUCAAGAAAUCUUCCUGAAAUCUGUUCCAAAACAAAGAUCGAGAUCAAAAACUAUUCAUCAUUUGCUAACCCCUAAAUCAGAGAAACAGAUCGAAAAAGUUUCAGAUUCAAAAACCAAAAAAAAUCAAAAGAAACAGUUUCAGAUUCAGUUUCAUUAUUCGCCGUUGUUACUUUCCUGUUGAUGAAAUACUCCGACGAUUAAUCACUAGAUCGGAGAAGGAGAACAAUCGUUUGUGCAUAAAAUCCAUGAAAUAACUGAUUAAAUAGAAACAAAGAUUCAGAAUCAAAUUUCUUUUGGAAUAAAAAUGGUGAAAGGAAAAAUGAAUCCCCCUAGAAAAGAUGAUACAAUUACAGGAAACCUAAGGCAGUCGUUGAAUGCAGUAAAGGAUUUAGUAAAGGUGAUAAAGCCUAUAGGACUGACUGAUAGGGCUCAAAGAUAUCUUAGGAGAGCUGCUUACGGAGAACUCGUAAUGAUGUAUUACGAUGACUAUGAUACAACUGUACCAACUACAACAAGACAGAUAACUACCAACAAACACGGCGUCUUGAAGCUCUUGAACUGCUUUGACAUGGAUUGUGAGACACCAUGUUCAUUCAGGUUUGCUGAUGAUAAGAUUAUAGAGUCUACACCGGCAAAGCUGGCUGGUAUAUUUUGCAUGCAGAGGAUUGGAAGCAGAAAGGGUCAGAAGCUGUUAAAGUACUAUUGUCCUAGUGAUUUGACUGACAAUGUUUUAUACAGCAAAUACUUCACCGAUAUCAAAUCUACAAAGCAUCAGACGACGGUGACUAAGACAAACAUUUUAGAGAAGAUAAAACAACUUAUGGCAAAAAGGAGAAAAAGUGGGAAAAGAAAGAAAGUUGAUGAAAAGGAUCUAGUUUGCCUGAUAGGUCUUUAUCUUUGCUGUGUAUUGUUUUUUGGCGACAAAAAUGCCAAUGGAGUGAACGCGAAAUAUCUUAGUAUCGUUGAAACUUAUGAUACGGUGCUCAAGGUGUCGUGGCCUGAUUUAAUACACGAGCACUUGUUUGAAGAGAUUCAUACUAAUCUUAGUUGUUUGUCAAAUGUGAAGGCUUGUGUGCAAUACCUACUGUUAUUGUUUGCUGAACACACGCCAGCAGGAUUAAUCCCGAAAGUUGAGAACCACGAGGAAGAUAUCCCGAGGGUUGGGAGAUGGGAUAUAUACCAGAUUUCUGAUUACAUUUGGAAAACAGACAUGACACAGUUUUCGCCAACUCCUAGCUUUGUGGCUGAGUUUUCACAGCUUGAGAAGCAGCUGGGUAUAUCAACCGUGGUACCCAGCAAGGACGACCUGCAAAGUUGGCUGAAAGCGCAAACUAUUGAGAAUAGCCAUCUGAAAGAGCAACUGCAAGAAAAGCAAGCAAUGCUUAAAGCAGUGUAUGCAAUUGCAAGAGAAGGGAUAUCAGAAGGGGACCUUUCAGGAACAGCGGAAUUCAAGGUUCACAAAUUUAGUUGCCAAAUUAUCCAAGCAAUGGGUAUUGAUCCUUACAAAGUGACCCAGGAAGAGUUUAUGCAACAUGAAGAUGAUGUACAUGGAGAUGGAAGUACUGAGCAAGAGAAAGAGAAAGAUGACGCGGAAACUUCCUUCAAUGAAGAAUUUCCAUGUAUGAGCCUUGCAGCUGGAAAUACGCCAACAAUUCUGCAAGCUCAAACUGCUGCAGAGGGGCACAAAAGACCACUCAGGACAUAUAGUUCGAGUAUGAAGAGUGUGACAACUUGCAAGACUCCACCAAAGAAAAAGCCUAAGAAAGAUGUUGAAGAGACACCUGUUACGGAUGAGGCACAGAAGAAAGCUGCAGAUGGUGGAGUUGUGGAUGGGGCAGGUGAUGAUGUAGCUGCAAAAGUCAAUGAGGAUACACCUGGAACUUUUGAUGACAGUUCUGCUUCAACACAGUUUGAGGACUCCAUGGUGAUAACUGCUACAACACCGCAAACACAGCCUGACAAUGCUCAGACCUACAGUUUGGUCCAACUAGGAGCUAACCCUGAUGAUAUGACGAAUGUUGAAGUGAGUGAAAUGAUAGAUGAGAUCGUCAGCAACAUUAACAAAACUGAACAUGGACCCGCAGUGACGGAGAAUGCAGAACCUACCUCAACUGGUAACCACUCUUCCGUUCUAUGUUUUGUUUGUAAUGGAAGUCUACAACGCAGGAAAACGUUUUUAGCCUUGGAUUAG